GGCCACAGACAGAGUCACGCAAACAAUCGAAGAAUCCUGCACAUUCCUUACUAGAAUAUGAAUAACAUUUAAAUGUCUUUCCGUGGCAGGAGGUAAAACGAGGCAUGCCGUUUAAGAGAUCUUUAAUCGCGCUUUGCGUCGACUGUGCAUUUUAAAGUAAAACAAUGCAAUUAUUCGAUUCGCCUCUUCCUCUGUGAAAAAAAUCUGGGACUAUUGUUACAUCGCACGGAUACUUUUUUGCUCAAGUUAAGAUGGAUUCGCCCAAGGAAUUACCUCCUUCUUCAAUGAUUUGAAUGCAAACGAACGAUCUCUUAUUGGUAUGAGAUGUUGUUAGCCUCGGCCGUGGUCGUCUGGGAAUGGCUGAACGAGCACGGGCGCUGGCGACCCUACAGCCCGGCGGUGUCCCAUCAUAUCGAGGCGGUGAUCCGCAGCGACCCUCGCGGCGCCGGGAGCGUGGUGCUGGGCCAGGUCGACUCGCGUCUAUCGCCGUACAUCAUUGACCUGCAGUCUAUGCACCAGUUUCGGCAAGAUACCGGUACACUAAGACCCGUGCGGCGAAGUUUCUACGACCCGCGGUCGGCCCCGGGGCAGGGUUGGGUGUGGGAAUGGGAGAAUGACUCGGGCUCAUGGACGCCGUACGACACCGAGGUCAGCAUCGCCAUCCAGGCGGCUCGGGACCGGCAGCAGCCCUGGCUGGACUUAACGCCGUUGGGCUUCUGCUACCUUAUAGACCUGCAGAGUAUGACGCAGAUCAACGGACAGACGCAACGGCGCCGGCGCAUCCAGAGGCGCUCGGACCUGGCCUACCCGCUCGUCUCCGGCCCGCUGCCUAAGCCGCACGCGUGGUCGUCCGCUGGAAGUGGUGGACUCUUGGGAGUGGGCGUUUCAGGGGUUAGUGGAGGGAAUGGCAGUGCCUAUCCCAGUGGAGCUCUCCCGGCUUCUGCAAUCACUUCACUUGGUCAGCCAUGUUCCUGCCAGCAGUGUAUGCUAGUCUUGGGCGUCAAGACCCCUAGCAUGGCACAAACUCUCGGGCGGAAACCCCCGCCGGUACCCAAGCCGCCAAGCCCAAAGGCGCCAGCAAGGGGACACUCUUACUCUCUAACCCUGCCUCACCCUCCUUCCCUUUCCAGAGUCCUCUCGCCACAUAGGAACUCCACCUCGGGUGCUAGCGGAGGCUUCGGACACUCCCUCUCUCUGCUGGGUUCAGCCACUGCUGCCCUGUCGAUAUCCUCUAACCGUCCUCCUCCACCUGCUGUACCGCCACCGCCGCCUCCUUCUGCAAUACCCUACACGACCUCUGCGUCCAACCCUACAGCACCUACACCCUCCAACGCCCUUAUAUCUACAGUGACCACUUGCGCUCCCACGCCCUCUGCUCGUGUUCUGGGUCCUGUGUCUACGGCAUCGGCAGCUUGUGCCGCCCCGGUGCCGCCGCGCAGUAGUCUGGCAGGCCUUAGCCGCCCCGCCCUGCAGAGAAUCGCCAUGGCACAGUCACGGGCACUUAUUGCAUCAGGAGUCCCCACCGUCCCAGUGAAGAACUUGAAUGGAUCCAGUCCUGUCCAUCCAGCUUUGGCAGGUAUCACUGGGAUCCUAAUGAGCGCCGCUGGACUCCCAGUCUGCUUGACCCGCCCACCCAAACUUGUGCUCCACCCCCCACCUGUCAGCAAGAGCGACAUCAAACCUGUGCCAGGCCUCGGACACUGCUGCCGGAAAACCUCAAAGAAGCAGGCCCGCAAAGGUAGAACUUCAGAAGAAGUUGUUAGAAGAUAUCUCCAGAAAGUCCGCAACCCACCUGAGGAGGACUGCACUAUCUGUAUGGAGUCUCUCUGUGGUCCAUCUGGCUAUAAAGGGCCAGGUGUCGGUGGCAUAUCUCGGGCAGAGUCUGUUGGUCGUCUGUCUCAGUGUGGACAUCAGUACCACCUGCAGUGCCUGGUGGCCAUGUACAACAACGGCAACAAAGACGGCAGCCUUCAGUGUCCCACCUGCAAAACCAUCUACGGUGUUAAAACCGGCAACCAGCCACCGGGCAAGAUGGAAUACCACGUCAUUCCUCACUCCCUUCCUGGACACCCUGACUGCAAAACCAUCCGGAUUAUCUACAACAUACCCCCUGGCAUUCAGGGCCCAGAGCAUCCCAACCCUGGGAAACCCUUCACAGCUCGUGGAUUUCCAAGACACUGCUACCUCCCUGACAGUGAGAAAGGCCGCCUGGUGCUGAAGCUGCUGCUGGUUGCUUGGGACCGUCGGCUCAUCUUUUCGGUGGGCACAUCCAGCACUACAGGAGAGACGGAUACGGUCAUUUGGAACGAGGUGCAUCACAAAACCGAGUUCGGCUCCAACCUGACCGGCCACGGUUACCCAGACUCCGGCCACCUUGACAACGUCCUGGAGGAGCUGAGGGCGCAAGGCAUCACUGAGGAAGAGUGUCUGAGGGACUGAACAUUCAAGUCGGACGACAAAGACUGGAUGUUUUUUGUGUUAGUGUUGCCAAAUCUGAAUUCAAUUCCCAGCUCUUGUUUCUCAGAAUGCCUGAGACACUUUCGAAAUCAAAAAACGAAAAACAAAACGAAGUUUAAGAACUCUGAAAGGUUUAUAAGUCAUCAUCGCUCAACGUUUUUUUUUUUUUUUUUAGUGACAAUAAUAGCCCUUCUACUGCUAAAGAAACUGUACGAGCCUGUCAGAAGUGGGACGGCCAGCUGCAAGAACUGUAGUUAACAAACAACAUUGCACUGUGCCGUUAUCUUUUCGAAAACUCGAAGGACCCGUUAACGUCCUCCCCACAAAAACUCGAUUUGUACAGUGCGAUUUUGUCGCUAGUGGGUUGCAGACGUAGAUGCCGGUGUCUUCUCCACCAUAUAAUGUAUUAGUUCUGUGAAGGAUACGCAAAACAAAGGUACUUCUGUGCAUGUAGUUGUAUCAUUUGGCACAGAGGCGAUUACAUCCUUGGUGCAACCGAGGCCGCCGCUCGUUGCCAACUUUGAAGCUCCAGUUGCAGUUUUAGAUGCCGGAACGUGAAUGUUUACUGCCCCAUAGUGGCACUUGUUAGCAUAUACAUUCCAGUAAUUACCAUGGUAUUUAUUUGACUACAUAGUUUGAGAUGUUUGCAGUAUUUACAUUAACCACUUAUAUUUGUACUUAUUUUAUUGUAUCUCUUACAUUAUUUUAUAUUGUCGAAACGAGAAACCUGUUUUGUCAUUCGUUUUGGGAUGGGAACCAAUCUCUUUCCAGGGACAGAGAGAGAGAGAGACAUUCAACUGAAACUGCAUCGUUAAAUCAGUAUUAAAGAAACGUUGAAACUGGCGGCCAAUGGAUGGACGACGCACAAAUUUAGUGAAAAUAUUAACUUGUUUCUUUGUGAUUGAAGUUACUGUCGGAGAGUUCCAAACAGGGACUGUGUGAAACUGAGCCAAGCUCAAUUAUGGUGUUUUAUUGUGACAUCAUCGGUUUAGGAACCAAUAAGAUUUAGAUUCUCCAAAGCUGAAGGUGUUAGCCUUUUAAAUGGCUACUAAGAGCAACUAACCUACCAUGUUAAUUCUGUUGAAGUUCAAUCCUGUGGACAAACUGUCUCCGGUUGCCUUUCUGGUCGGUACUCUGUAGGUCUAUGGUGGACCUGUUUACAAAGCUGUUGACGAAACGUCUGCAUGUAUGUACAUGCAAAUGUGUAAGCUUACAUUUAUAGUUGAUGUGCUGUAUGUAUGUGUUUUAUGUACACAAUUAUUUUUCCCCCUGCAUCCAAAAGCAUGUUGUGGAAGUAAAUGAGUAAUUAUUUUUCUUGUAUCAUUUUUUUUUUUUUUAUAUAAUAUACUUUAACUUUUUUCUUAUAAGCUAAUAGUUUUUUUCCACUGUGAAGUUUUUAAUUUCUUUUAUUGCACUUGUAUGAUUUGAUUUAUUGUCCAGCCAAGUUCCUCAUGAUAGUUGCUAUGGAGACAGUGAAAAUGGCAUCGCUGCCAGGACAGAAAACUGUGAAGACAGAGAAUGGAGCUAGGAGAACUAAUGUUGCUGUAUAAUAUAAAAUGUACAAAACAACUCUUGCAUAUUAAAUAGCUGCUGGAAUACUGAAUAAAUAUUAAAGGUACUCAAGAAAAGCAAA